AUGCACGUUUCAGAAAAUGGAAUGCUUGAUGGACUCCAUUUGAAUGACAGAGAACUGUAUUAUUCCUUGUUGAGAGUAACAAAUGCUUUGAAUUAUACCUACAUUAUUAGAAGUAAUGGAGUAACUAUAGAAGAAGAUCCUCUGCUUCCAGGCAAAGUGUUUGAUGGAUAUAUAACUGGAUUUGACUUGAAUAUACUUCCUUCUCAACGUAAGGUCACUGCAAACUGGGAUGGUUUUGGUCUGCCAGCAUCUGCCUCAUUUCAGGUAGAUGUUGAAGGAAAUCCAGGAUAUCAGGUAGAUGACUCAAAAACUGAGGAACAACGUAAAACACAACAGGUAUUAUUUUAUGAAGUAGCUGUUGGAACAGACAGAAGAUUUCCUAAAACCAGGGAUAAUGUUGUACCAUUUACAAAUAUUGCUGGGAACAAAUCUGUCACAUUCUAUGAUCUUAACCUAGAGUCAGGAUUAGCAAAGUAUUACUUUACUGUCAGAGCCUAUAGUGUAUCUUAUUCUGUUGCCACGGUGACAUCUAAUGGUUUCCAUGUUGGAUAUGAUGGUGGUGUUGAAGGUGGAUCUAUUAUCAUGGGAGACUAUAUCAAUACAGAUACUUAUGUAGAUAUACAAUUUGAAGGUUUUACAUCUAAGUUGGAUAUAAUGAUGUAUUAUAUAGGACUGUCCAAUCACACACAAGUUGUUGGAACUGACUGUAAACAAUAUGUAAGUAUUAUUUUGUUAGUUCGAUGUUUAAUAUAUAGCAUUGCUAUAUAUUGA